AUGAUGAUCACAAUUUCGCACAGCCAAAGCCGGCAGCUACUACCUUCUAAAAGCCGGCUUUCCUUCUUCUUAAAAAUCAUUCUCUUUUUAGUUUAGAAGGCAUGUAGUAUCAAAUCAGCUUUCAGAAUUGCGUGCGUUGAAAGUUUCUUCAGAAAGGUUGUGUGAAAUUUUUGAGAACUUCUGAAACUUUUCUUCCAUCAAUUUCUGGGGAUUCUGAGUACCUUGCAUCAGAGAUUACUUACUUCUCUCUCACUUACAGAAAAAAAAGAAUUAUUAUUCAAAUCCAGACAAUGAAAUUUUGAACAAUCCAGACAGUGAAAUUUCGAUCACAAUUGGAAAUUCCUUUGUGUCUUCACAAAGAUGGCUGGAAACUAUAGGUUUGCGAUGGACCAGAAAGAUAUUGUUAGAUUCUUAAUCACCACAGUUGGAAGUUUCAUUCAAGAUCGAUUAAUCGAUAAAGAUCAGAGAACGCAGCAAAAGGAACAAUGCGCAGAGAGAUUAGCAGCUGAAGACGGAAGUUCUGACAAAGACAGAGAAGUUCGAUACUCCGAUCAAGCAGUGUUAGCGAAUUUAGAUUGGGGAAUUGAUGCUCUUGAAGAGGCAAUCAACACGUCCAAUUUGGAAACUAAGCUAGCACGGUUAGACUACGCAGAAAAAAUGUUGCAAGUGUGUGCUAUGUUGAAUUCUAGCCAGAAAACCGCAGGAGUCCCCAAUUUCUAUCUCUCUGCUUGGGCUCAUCUCAACCUUUCAUACCUUUGGAAAUUGCGGAACAAUGGCCAAAAUGCAGUUCUUCAUGUUCUAGAGAUGUUUAUUGUUGACCCUUUCUUCUCGCGAAUCGAUUUUGCUCCUGAGCUUUGGAAAGAUUUGUUUCUUCCACAUAUGAGCUCAAUUGUUGGGUGGUAUUCAGAAGAGAGACAUGGGAUUGUUAUGGAUUCAAUUCCUGAUUCUAGUGAUUUGUCCUUCACCGUUGAUUUCGAUCAAUACUUCAAUGAGUCUUUGAUCUUUUCUUUGAGGCCGGAUCAGGCGGAAAAAAUGCAGAGUUUGGAGCAGUUAUAUGGGCAAUCCUUGGAUGAGAAUACGAGGCUUUAUGCAAAAUACUAUAAGGACUGUAUGAACAAUGAUUCUACCACUAGCAAGAAGGUGAUUCCAAUGAUGCCAAUUGUAGAGCCACCAAUGACUCCUUUGCAUGAGGUGAGCCGGUCGAUUCCCGAGUACGUAAAAUUUGGUCCCAUCUUGCCUAAAAGUGCUGGAUUUUCUCCAGUUCUGAGAGCUAAAGAAACUGCUAGAGGACCUUCCAGAUUGAAUUCGAGUUCCACUUACUCAGGAAAUCUAGAGGAUUCGGCCAUAUGGGAUCUUCAUGAGGCAAUUCCUGAGGAGAACGAGGAGAAUGAAGAUGAUUCAGAUUAUGAACCUGAUGCAAACAUGGAAUCUAAAGAUACAGCUCAUAAAUUAGUAUCUCAUAACAGCAUCGGAAUGAACAAGGACACUGAAACUGAGCCAGAGGUACAUCAAAUAGAGGUGAUGAGUCGAAAAAAUUCUCCUAAAAUUUUCUCUCCAGUGGAUUCUCCAAAUAGUCCUUCCAAGAAGGUGUCAUCUCCAAAACCUGAAAUGCUUUGUAAAAAGGAACAUACGUCUGUGCUGCGACUGUUAUCCAGUCGAAACAUAGAUUUCAAAGUUUCUGCCUCUUUGCCUGAUUCUCCACUUCUCUGUCGCGAAUCCAGCAGUAGCUUGAAAGACUCGGAUGGUGAAAUGAGAGAGCAGCAGAAAAUUGUAAGGAGAAAAAGUCACAUGCGGAGUGUUAGCGAAGUAAUAGGAAAUAGUUUCCUCACUGACAAUGAUGAAGGAAGCCAGAGUUAUAUUUCUCUCCCUUCACCUGGGAAGUUGGCCCCUCAAUCUAGACCACCUAAAGAUUUUGUCUGCCCCAUAACUGGCCAGAUUUUUUGUGACCCGGUAACCCUUGAAACGGGGCAGACAUAUGAAAGAAAAGCCAUUCAAGAAUGGAUGAAAAGAGGGAACACAACAUGCCCCAUCACCAGGCAGCCACUCUCUGCAUCUGCACUGCCCAAAACAAACUAUGUUCUGAAGAGACUAAUUGCCUCUUGGAAAGAACAGCAUCCUGAUAUUUCCCAGGAAAUGUCAUAUUCUGAAACACCAAGUAGUUCAGUCAGCACCCCUUCUUCAAAAGACAUUCCAUCAGAUUCCACCCCUUCAAGGACAUUUAAUCUUUCCAAUAACAGGAGCAGGGAUGACUACGCUAAUCAUAGGAGCAGGGAUGACUAUAUUAACCAAAAACCCAGAAGGUUUAGACUGGCUGCAGUGUCAACGUCACCAACAAGUGUGAUAUCUCAAGCUGCUGUUGAAACAAUUAUUAAUGGGUUAAAACCUUAUGUUUCAUGUCUCUGUACUUCAGAGGACUUGCAAGAAUGUGAAGCGGCUGUGUUGACAAUAGCCAGGAUAUGGAAGGACUCAAAGGCUGAUUCGGGGGUACAUUCCUAUUUAUCGACACCCACAAUAGUAAACGGCUUUGUGGAAAUACUCUCAGCUUCUUUGAAUAGGGAAGUUCUCAGAACAUCAAUUUAUAUCCUAUCAGAGCUCUUAUUUGCAGAUGACAGUGUUGGAGAGAUUCUUACGAGUGUAGAUUCUGAUUUUGAUUGUCUAGCUAUCCUACUGAGAAAUGGUCUUGCUGAUACUGCUGUUCUUAUAUACCUGCUGAAACCAGCGUUCUCUCAGUUAUCUGCUCACAACUUUAUACCCUCACUUGUCCAAAUUAUUUCAAACAAAAGUGAAGAUUCAAAUGAUCUUGAGCUAGUCAUGGAUCCCAAGGAUGCUGCAAUAGCAUUGCUUGAGCAUAUUUUGUUGGGAGGAGAUGAGAACACCAGGUUUCAUAAUGCUAUGAGCGUCAUAUCUGGAAAUGGUAUUCCUUCCUUACUUAAGUGCCUGGACAGGGUAGAUGUAAGGCAAUCCGUCAUAUCCAUACUGGCAUGCUGUAUCCAGGCAGAUAGGAGCUGCAGGAACUUAAUAGCGAGCAGAAUUGAAUUGUCUCCUGUUCUUGAAUUAUUUCAUGCUGGAAGUGAUAAUGCGAGAGGCAUAUGCAUAGAAUUUCUCUCUGAGUUAGUUCAAUUGAACAGGAGAACCUUAUGCACCCAGAUUUUGCAGAUUAUUAAAGAUGAAGGAGCAUUUAGUACCAUGCACACCCUUCUCGUCUAUCUACAAAUGGCUCCAAUGGAGCAGCAACCUGCGAUUGCAGCUCUUCUUCUUCAGCUUGAUCUUCUGGUUGAGCCUCGGAAGAUGAGCAUAUACAGGGAAGAAGCAAUAGAAGCAUUAAUGGAAGCACUUCAAAAAAAAGACUUCCCCAAUUCUCAAAUCAUGGCUCUUGAUGCCUUACAAUCUCUUUCAGGACGUCUGACUGCCACAGGGAACUCCUACACUGAAGCUUGGUUACUCAAGAUUGCAGGGUUUGAUCAGCCUUACAAUGCUUUGGUGAAAACUGAGAACCUAAAAACAUUUGAAACUGAUUUGACAGAAACAAUGGAGGAAGAGAAAGCUGCAACUUCUUGGGAGAAAAGAGUAGCUUUUGUACUUUGCAACCAUGAGAGUGGCGCCAUUUUUAAAGCUUUGGGGAAGUGUCUUAAGAGUAAUUCCUUGGAGAUAGCAAAGUCUUGCCUUGUUAUGGCCACAUGGCUUAUACAUAUGCUUUAUAAUCUUCCUGAUACUGGGAUAAGAGAUGCUGCUCGUAAGUCCUUACUUGUCCAGUUCUUUAGUAUACUACAAUCAUCGAAGAACCUUGAGGAGAAAAUUCUGGCCACCCUUGCUUUAAGAAGCUUCAUUACUGAUCCUGGCACACUUGAUGAAUUGGGCGUAUAUGCCAAAUGCACGUACCCAAUCUUUAGGAAGCUUAAGAAGAAUUCUGUAGUGGUCAGUGAUAUAUUGAAAGUCUUGAUGAACUUGCCAUCUGUCAAUGCAGCAGAGUUGUGGUGCUGCAAUGAAGCUUUUGAGUUAGACUCAAGCAUGAACGGCGAAGUUCUGUCUUUGCUCCAUAUGAAAGGUCGGGUCAUAAGCUGCCACUCUGAUGGAACCAUAAAGGUGUGGGAUGCUGGCAAGAGGGUUCCACGGUUGAUCCAGGAAGUUCGUGAACACACAAAGGCUGUUACGUGCCUUUCCAUCUCAUCAUCACAUGACAAACUAUACAGUGGUUCCUUAGACAAAACAAUUCGGGUCUGGGCAAUUAAACAAGAAGAAAUCCACUGUGUUCAGGUUCAUGAUGUAAAAGUGGCAGUACAUGAGUUGGCAGCCAAUGCCAAUGUAGCAUGCUUUUCCUCUCAAGGAACUGGAGUUAAUGUUUAUAAUUGGUCGGGGGUACCAAAGCAUAUUAACUUCAACAAGACUGUUAAAUGUCUCGCAAUGACAGGUGAUAAACUCUAUUGUGGUUGCACUGGUUACAGCAUACUGGAGGUGGACUUGUGCAAAUACACGUCUUCCAUCUUCUAUUCUGGUGCAAGAAAAUUGUUGGGGAAACAGACUAUACAUUCUCUACAUAUUUACAGAGGUCUUCUCUUUGCUGGGGGUUCUUCAGUUGAUGGGACUGCAGGCAAGGUGUUCACUCUCUCGUCCAAGGCUGUAGUAGGAUCACUGUCAACUGCAUUCGACAUUCACUGCAUUGCAGUUAACAAUGACUUCAUAUUUACGGCCACAAAAGUUGGGAUCAUUGAGGUAUGGCUAAAAGAAAGAGUCACAAGAGUUGCUUCCAUCAAGAUAGGUGGUCAAGGACUUGUAAAAAUCACAUCCUUGACAUCGGAUGCAGAUGGAGAAAUGCUCUUUGCCAGCUCCUCUGAUGGCAAGAUCCAGGCUUGGAGAUUGGAUUGAAGAGUGUAGCAUGAAGAUCAGUGUGAUCUGAGAUUUUUCUAUAAACAAUGAAUGUUUUCCUCGUUAUUAGCCCUUAACUUGCCCACAAAUUCAUGGAAUACCCGAAGAAAAAGAAAGUAAUGAUCACUCAUGCUUGCUUACUUGAGUCUGGACUGUUCAAUUCAACCUGUAGGUACGAAGUUAUGUUGUGGUUAGAAAUGCAAGCAACAGCCACUUUUGCUGAUUCUGUACCAAUAAUGUUGUGUAGAUCACCUGGUGCUUUUUGGAUCCUAAUCCUAGUUGUACAGAGGCAGUAUUUGUGUUGAAGAAAAAGGUCUGUAUAAAAGGAUUCUGGAUUCUCUAAAUUUGGGUUGAAAAACUUGAAAUUUAAGAGUGAAUACCGAUCCAGUUUGGACUAUCAAUCAUGUCAAUAGACGAGUUUGU